UCCCCACCCAGAAAGGAGAAAAUUCCAACGCAAAACUCAAAUCUACAAGAGGCGGUCAUUACAAUAACUCCAAAUAAUUUUCCGUUAAGAUGUGUAUGUGAACAAAACACAAACAGUUGAUACGCAGCAUUACAACAUCCAGAAACUUCCGUAAAAUACGCCGCACCUUCCUACAUCUCUGCAUCCCGCCCGAUUCCUCUCUUCCUCUCUUUCAUGCUUAGCCCUCACUUUUCUCCCACCGGACAUGCCGAGUUAUACUGCAAUAGCAUUGGAUAGGUUGUUAGAUACUGGAGGUUCCAAGCCAAUUGAUAAAACUGUUCCAACUUCAAUGCCUGUGCCGAUAUCUCGGAAACCCGAGAGGACUUUUAGUGCGCCAGCUAUGAAAAGGAAGGUUCCUCCUCGUCCUCCGUUGAAGCCGGCACUUUAUACCACUCCUGAAGUGAAACUACUUCCGGUUGCAGAUUCUCCUUCUUCAUUCCCGCCUUCACCUUAUGUUAUUAACCAUAAGCGUCGUGGCCCGGGCCUCCUCAAGAGUUCGUCUGAGGCCAGCGUGCUUUCCAAGAAGAAUAGUGAAAUAGUUGAUGAUAAGAGCUUUGAUACUGUGGUUGGAAGUUCGGCUGGUGAUCUUCAAUUCACCUUUUCAAACCAUGAACCUGUUGAAGAGGAGUGUGCAAAUGGUGUUUGUGGUGGUGAAUUUGUUAGAGGCAAUGGAGGUGAGAUGGUGAAUGGACACCAAGAACCUGAGAAUAGUAGUCCUACAAAUGUUUUAGUCGAGGAUAAUGGGUCUGCAUUGAAUUUGGAAAGAGAUACAGAUAUUGAAGACUUCUUUGACCCGAAAGAUUCCAUGAGUUUUACAAGCAACACAGAUGUGGAAGAGAAUGCAGGGACAGACCUACCUGUGAAAUUCAGUAGUCCUGUUGGCGAGUUUUAUGAUGCUUGGGAAGAACUAUCGUCGGCGUCUGCUACUCAAACUUCUGCAUAUGAUGCUGAAGCUGAAUUGCGUGAAAUGAGAUUGAGUCUUUUGAUGGAAGUAGAGAAGCGGAAGCAAGCCGAAGAAUCCCUAAAUAACGUGAGAAGUCAAUGGGGGAGUAUUAGGCAGGGGUUGUGUCUAGCGGGAAUUGUUUUGCCUGCAGAUCUUAGUACUGUCUCUGAGGCUGAGCAGCUGAAUUCUGAUCCUGUGGAAGACCUAUGUCAACAACUUUAUGUUGCUAGAUUUAUAUCAAAUACUAUUGGAAGAGCAGCUGCCAGGGCUGAGGUAGAGAUGGAGAUGGAAGCUCAACUAGAGUCUAAGAACUUUGAGAUUGCUCGAAUCUUGGAACGUCUCCACUGUUAUGAGACCAUGAAUCAGGAGAUGUCUCAGCGUAACCAGGAAGCAGUAGAGAUGGCACGACGCGAGAGGCAAAGAAAGAGUAGGAGGCAGAAAUGGAUUUGGGGUUCCAUUACGACUGUGAUUGCGCUUGGUACUGCAGCAAUGGCAUUGUCUUAUCUUCCAGUGGAUAGAGGAUCAUCCUCAGCAAAAGAUCAUCUGGUUCUCGAACAUGAUGAUACAGCUAAGUAAUUCACCCCAUUGUUGCUAACUGCAUAUCCUUAUUUUACUCAUACUUUAGGAGAGAAAAAUAAAAGUUAUACGUGCCAUAGUAUGGUUAAAUAAUCUCUUUGAUUAGUUACAAUUUACUGGCAUCCUGACUCAGGCUAGAGCUAUAUUUUAUAGCAUCCUAUGUGUUCGGGCCAGCUGUAUCACUUGUGAUGUUUAGCCGUCUGAUAGCAUCUGGCACAGUGUAUUUUUAGCAGAUUGUUUAAGCUAUUGAGCAUUUUUACACUUAGAAAGAGAAUUUGACUGUCCUCUGAAUGUUUGUUUGACCUAAUUAAUGAAGUGAAUCUGUUGAGAGGUGAUGAAUGUCCAAUUUUUCUUUUUUGUUUCUUGUGCCGUGUCUCUUCCUGUUGGUGAGCUAGCGGACUAGCAGAAUACAAAUUAUUAUUGAUACCACUCUUAUAACUUGAUGCACUUUAGCACUGUCAA